AUGAAAAUACUCCGCACUGUAAGCACGGUAGUAAUUAGUAUUUGCAGCAUUGCAGGCCAAAAAAUACUGAACAUUGACUCUCUGUUCAAAAGCGCAAAGUGCGAAGGAAAUAAUGUUUAUCUCCAGAAACACGACAAUACAUGGAGCACUUUCCCAUGCAGCCCUGGAUACAAAUGCGAAAGCUCCAAUGGAAAUGUGGAAUGUGUACCGGACGAGCGUGCUAUUAAAAUAAGCACAGUAACGAUAACUCUUCCAGGAAAUAUUAGCCCAACUGUCACAAUAAAACACCCUACAUCAGAUCCCAUGCCUGCUGCUCAAACAGGCCCAAGCCCUUCCUCUAAUAAAUCAGUUCAAAUAUCAACCCCAGAGCCAUCUGCAUCACCACAGGACCAAACAAAUCUCAGCACAAAUAACAAACAAAACACUCCCAUGGAUGGACAGACACCCGACCAGAAGAAGCCCAGCACGUAUGACAUAGCAUGGGGCCAGGAUAAAACGCAAGGAAAUUCAACUCCCACGACCACUUCAUACACUCCCCAAGCAAGUAGCACUACAAACACUUGGAGCUACCCUGCACUGCCUCACAAUAAUAACAGUCUGAAUCCACAGACACCACAGUCGAUUUCUGCUCCUGAGCCAUCACUCCCACAAAUAAUCACGCAGGAUGGAAAUAACAUAAUAAUCGAGUAUAAAGACAAUGGCACGGGAAAUAUUGACUUUAAAAUACCAUCUGCAAAGCCAACUGAAAGCCCAAGUACACCGCAAGUAACACCUGGUGAAUUUAGCAGGAUAUCAAUGGGCACAGACACAGGGAAUUUAAACAAGCAAGGUGCACCGCCUGUUUCACCUGCAAACCCAGAACUAUCAGGUUCUAUUGGGGCAGAGACAGUAUCAACACAAGCUGCAUCUGCAGGAAAAUCUGGUAAAACAAGCAAACCAUCUUCUGGAGCACCCAGCAAGCCAGCAGCCUCUUCAGGCAGCAAAGGAACAAAAUCUUCUUCAAGUAAGCCUGCGCCUUCCGGCAAACCUGCAUCUUCAAGCAAGCCUGCAUCUUCGAGUAAGCCUGCAUCUUCUUCCAGCAGCACAGGAACGAAAUCAGCCUCUCCUUCACCAAGUGGCAGUCCUGGCACAGGGUCUACCACCCUAACUGCAGAUCUUGUGAAAAAGACGCUUUCAGCAUGUGGGUAUUCUGGCAGUCCAAACCAAGACUUUGUUAAUGAACUUAUUUCGCAAAUAAACAAGACUAGCUGGGAUAGUAACGAGAAAAGCAUGUUUUUAGCACAGAUUUACCACGAGUCUGCAGGUCUAACGGCACUAGUAGAGCAGGCAUGCGUAAGUACGCCGUGCACAAACUAUGAUAAUGCAGAUAAAUCAAGUGGUCCUGUGGCUGGCUCCCCAGGAAAGCACUACUACGGCAGAGGAUAUAUCCAGCUCACAUGGCCUGCUAAUUACCAAGAUGCCAGUAAAGCCAUCUACAAAGAUGACAGACUCUACACAAAUCCAGACCAAGUGGCAACAGACAAGUCUAUAGCAGCAGCUGUAAGUAUUUGGUACUGGAACACAAAAGUAAUGACAUCUAAGUCUCCUUUGAGCAACUUUGGAGAGACAACCAAAGCCAUCAACGGGGCAAUUGAGUGCCAAGGCAGCCCAAACUCUGCAGCCACUAACAGAUGGAACAACUAUUUGGCUAUAGCAAAGAUCUUUAGCGUGAACCCAACAGCCUCAAGUAAAGGCUGUGGGAAUAGUUAA